AUGGUGGCAAACGACCAACUGGACGGUAAUUCCUGUUCGGGAUCUGGAUGCUACGACGGUGGAAAGGUGCUUACUGUGUUCUUCGCAGUCACGAUGGGUGCCAUGGCUCUAGGCCAAGCUGGACCAAGUAUCGAAGCCAUAACAGGAGCACAGGGCAAAACGUUGGGUACUGUUUAUGGUCGCAUUCAGAUUGAAAAUGUUCCAUCCCGGCGGGACGUACUAAUUUGUCGUAAUUACUCGUUGGCGAUUGCACCGGGCGAGACUGUGGCCCUUGUUGGGCCCAGUGGGAGUGGUAAAAGCACCGUCGUUUCGCUGUUGGAACGUUUUUACGAUCCGCAGACUGGUAUCGUGAGUAUCGAUGGGGUCGAUGUACGUACACUAAAUGUCAAAUGGCUUCGUUCACAGAUUGGCCUCGUAGGCCAAGAACCUGCAUUGUUUGCCACGUCAAUCAUGGAGAACAUUCGAUACGGGAGUUCCCACAAGGUUUCAACACAGAAGUGGGCGAACGUGGAGCGCAGCUUUCAGGCGGUCAAAAGCAGCGGAUUGCUAUUGCACGCGUCGCUUGAUCAACUACUGGCAAACUCGCACAGAACCACGGUCAUUGUAGCUCACAGACUGUCGACGAUCAGAAAUACUGACCGUAUUGCUGUGCACAGCGACGGAGCUAUAGUUGAAAUUGGUUCUCAUGACGAGCUUAUGGAGUUACCCAACGGGCAUUAUCGUAGUUUGGUCGAAGCUCAAGCUCACGCCUCACACGACGAUAAACAGAACGCUGUCGAUAUGGAAGAACAGGAGGAUCAGAGAUCGACACGUGGCGAUAUCAAGCUCAAGCAAUCCACUACGCAGCCCAGAACAAAAGAUAAGAAUGAUACUGUCAGUGAAGACAACGAAGAGGGCGAUGUACAGUUGCCUCCAUUUUCGAUAAGUCGGCUGUGGAAAAUGUCUGCUCCCGAGUGGAAGUUUAUGGUCAUGGGUGCUUUCGGUGCAGUGGUGAAUGCUGCUGUGUUCCCCGUAUGGGGCGUUCUUCUUGUGAAGAUCACAGUGCUGUUUUUCCGACUCGAUUACACGAAGAGUGAGAUGCUUGACCAUGCACGCUGGUGGUCCCUGGGAUUUAUCGGGCUGGCAGUUUUCUUCGGCGUGUCUGUAAUGAUGCAGCACUAUGGCUUUGGUGUGGUUUCUCAGAGACUGAUAUCACGUGUGCGGUUGGCUACUUUCAGUGCGAUGUUAGAGCAAGAGAUUGGCUGGUUUGACUUGGAUGAGAAUUCUUCGGGUGCUCUGGUGUCUCGAUUGUCGACGGACUCGACGGUACUUCAAGCGAUGACUUCGGAAAUGCUCAACCGAGGGCUGGUUAAUGCUACAACGCUCGCUAUUGCUUUCGUUAUCGCCUUCUACUACAGCUGGCAAGUGACUCUAAUCCUGCUGGCGGCAUUCCCCGUAGUGGCAUUAUCUUCAUUCAUCCAGGCCAAACAGGUUGCUGGUACCAACGCUAGCAAGCAGAACAACGACGCCGACACUUUGGCUGGAGCUUUGCUCACUGAAGUAAUCGGUUCUAUCCGCACCGUUGCUUCAUUCGGGAUGGAAAGUGCUUUAAACUCGGUAUAUUCGGACUUGUUGAACGCCUCGAAGGAAAUCGACGCGAAAACCGGUAUCAUCGGUGGGUUAUCGUUUGGUGUUUCACAAGCAGCGAUGCUGAUGGUUAUCGCACUGGUUUGGUAUAUUAGUGGGAUCUGGAUCUCCGACGGUAUCAUCACUUUUGAGGAGAUGUUUAUGGUGGUCCUAGUGAUCAUGACUAGCACUUUCGCAGUGGGAAUGGCAGUGCAAGGUGCUACAGAUGGCACCACAGCCAAAUUAGCUGCUCAGCGUGUCUUCAAGAUCAUCGAUCGCAAGCCAAAGAUUAAUUCAACCUCGGAUGCAGGGCUUAAGUUACCGUGUAUAGAUGGCAACAUCGAGUUCUGCAAAAUAGAGUUCGCUGGCAGCGGCAAGAGCACGGCGAUCUCGCUGCUGGAACGCUUCUACGAUCCCAGCGCUGGUUCAGUGACACUGGAUGGUUACGACCUUAAAGAACUGAAUGUGCAGUGGCUGCGAGAGAAUGUUUCUUUAGUCAGUCAGGAACCAGUACUAUUUUCUGGAACCAUUGCGGAGAAUAUCAGUCUUGGUAAGCCUGGAUCCAAUCGCGAGGAGAUUGUCGAGGCAGCAAAGAAGGCGAACGCUUUUGACUUCAUCAGUAACUUUCCGAAUGGCUUUGAUACCGACGUGGGUGAUCGUGGUGCUCAAGUUUCAGGAGGUCGAAAGCAACGUAUUGCUAUCGCUCGUGCCAUUCUUCGAGACCCGUCGGUGUUGCUAUCGGACGAAGCCACAAGCGCUCUGGAUAAUGAGAGCGAGCGCAUGGUGCAAGUCUCGUUAGAUCGAUUACUAACGCAGAAGCAGCGCACUACGAUCAUCGUGGCGCAUCGUCUCUCCACUAUCCGACAUGCGGAUCUAAUUGCUGUAACUCAAGAUGGCGCUAUUGUCGAGCAAGGUACGCACGACCAACUCUUGCAGCUUCCAAACGGUAUCUACAAAGGUCUUGUCGGUCAUCACGAUACCAUCGAAUAA